CAGUCCUUCCUUCUAUUUGACCUUGUGCGCAAUGUUUUGCGCAGAAUAGAGCAAACGUUAUGAGAUGUAUGCAUUACAGAGAGGUCCAAGCAAACUCGUCGCAAGCACCCGCAGAGGGCCCUCGAAAUCUCUGAAUAACCUUGAAAAGAAGGACCAAGAAAAGGAUUCGAGCGAGGAUAGCAAUAUGAGCUCUCCAAAACCAACUUUUAAUUACAAUCAACAUCAUGUAAAUGGUAAACGUGGAUUUUCCCGAUCAAAUAGUAGUAGCUCAGCAGAAGCAAUGACUCCCCAACAUGAGGAAAUAGUUAGAUAUCUGUAUGAUGCAUGGGUAAAAGUAAACAAUGAACUGGAAGCGUGUUCUCGUAACCAAAGAGAAGGAGGACCUAUAGUGUAUAGAGAUAAAAAUCCAAAUAACCCCACCCUUGUUAAUUUUAAGCCUUUUGAUCUUGAAUCCUACUGGGGAGACCGUCAACUGAACAGUUUGAAUAUACAGAAAUAAUUCUCAGAGAGGGAGUCAUACUACCAAAGUCUUUCUACUGGCAUUUUUAAUUCAUUAUUUACAAUUUUAUUGUCAAAUCAUUCAUAUUUUAACAGAGACAGUAGUAAAUGUCAAGUUUUUAUUUCUUGUAAGCUGCUUGUUAAACAGCAGAUUAAGAAAUAGUAUCAUUUAUGUAUUUGUUUAAGAACUGAUUGUUUUUUUUUUUAAGAAUCUUCAUUUGUGAUGAUUUUAAGACAGGUUGUCAAUAAAAAAAUAAUAAAACCCAUAUUAUUUGC